ACCUCUGGGGGCGCUGCUGUGUUUUAUAAGCAAUAUUUUAUAUUUUCAGGGUGUUUUUGUUCCACAGCUUCUUCUUUUAUAAAGCGUGUCUCUUUAAAUGGACUCAGCGAAGACAUUUGACUCUUUUACAACCUCAUAAAACAACCGAGUGUCCGAGAGAUAACCGGUUAAAGUUUAACUAGUUACCGGCACACACACACACACACACACACACACACACACACAGCCACCUGUUCCACUCCAGGAAAUGCGAGUGUGUGUGUGUGUGGGUGUCGCUCUUUGUCUCUUCAGGAAAUAAAACGCUGAUGGAUAAACACCGUCACCGUGGCAACAGCCGCUUCGAUGUGCUCAGCCGGUGGCGACGACAGCUCGACGGCGGCGAGAGGAAUGUUUUGGCGUUGAAUGUGUUGUUGAUCGGCGACAGGCAGAGUGGGAGGAGCUCUGUGGGGAACGCUCUGAUUGGUGGACAUGAAUUUAAGACGGGACCUGACGUCUGUGGAGUUGCCAUGACGACAGAGUACCAGGUCCUCAGCCGAAAUUACCCCCGCUAUUUCAGGCGACAGGGGGCGGAGUCUGACCUCACACUGAGAGUCGUUGACACGCCUCCUCUGGUGCCCCGCCCUCAGGGCGUGCGUGAGCUUUGCCCUGAGGGCGUGCAUGUGAUAGUUCUCGUGGUGAGAGUCGACGCCACGCAUGAACACACACACCUGGAGGAGCGUGUGGAGCAUCUCUUUGGUCCAGGGUGGCAUGGCCACGCCCUCCUCAUCCUCACACAUGCCGACCACCUAAAGGAGGCGGGGCUUCAGCCCUCCUUCUACCUGUCGCAGACUCCCGAUUGGCUGUCGUCCCUGUCCAACAAGGCAGUGGGCGGAGCCUUGUUCUUGGACAACAGCUGUGAUUGGCCGUCGCUCAGAGGACGGCCUGUGCGGGAGCGCGUGCUCCGCCUCUCGGCCCGAAACCAUCACCGAGCCGUGGCGGUGAGGACAGAGGUCUCACUCUGAC